AUGAGUGACUUCUCAGCAUAUCGUGAGAGAGUGGCUAUGUAUGGUAAAAUAGCUGCGCAGGCAGACAACAACGGUAACUACUAAGAAGCUGUUGAUAACUACCUUAAGGCAGUUGAGAUCUUCACCUAUAUGAUAAAGUAUGAGUAAAAUAAGAGGCUCGUAGAUGUUUUCAAGGAAAAGGCAAAUGAUUAUUUGAAGAGAGCAGAGAAACUUAAGGAGUAUCUGAGAUCAAAGGAUGAUGAGGCUGUUAACGGCGGUGGUGGAGCUAGUCAAGCUCAAAGAAAAAGAGAUCCUAAAGAUAAUGGAAAUGGCAAUUAAGAGGAGGAAAAUAAGUUAUAAGAUGCUUUAUCAUCAGCAAUAGUUAGAGAGAAGCCUAAUGUUAAGUGGUCAGAUGUUGCUGGAUUAGAUCAGGCUAAAACAUCACUCCAAGAAGCAGUCAUUUUGCCAACUAAGUUCCCUCAAUUGUUUGUAGGUGAAAUUAAACCAUGGAGAGGUAUUUUACUUUAUGGACCCCCAGGUACUGGUAAAUCUUAUCUUGCCAAAGCAUGUGCAACUGAAGCAGAUGGUACUUUCUUCAGUAUUUCCUCGUCUGAUCUUGUAUCAAAGUGGCUUGGAGAAUCUGAAAGAUUAGUUAAAUAGCUUUUUAAGCUUGCUAGAGAAAAUAAGCCUGCCAUUAUAUUUAUUGAUGAAAUCGAUUCACUCUGUGGAAGUAGAAGUGAAGGAGAAAAUGAGACUAGUAGAAGAAUCAAGACUGAGUUCCUUGUCCAAAUGUAAGGUGUUGGCAAUGAUAAUGAUGGAAUACUAGUACUUGGAGCUAGCAAUGUUCCUUGGGAGUUAGAUCCUGCUAUUAGAAGAAGAUUUGAAAAGAGAAUUUACAUUCCUCUUCCAGAUAUUCAUGCAAGAUCAACAUAAUUCAAGAUUAGAAUCGGAAAGACACCAAAUAACUUAUCUGAAGACGAUUAUAUUGAGCUAGCAAAAGCUACUGAAGGGUAUUCAGGUUCUGAUAUUACUGUAGUUGUAAAGGAAGCACUGAUGAUGCCAAUCAGGAAAUGCUAAACUGCGACCAAAUUUAAAUAAAAUCCUGAUGGGUCAAUGGUCCCAACUUAUCCUUCAGACCCAACUGGAAUAGAAAUGACAUUAUUUUAACUUGAACCAUCUAAGCUUAGAGCUCCUGAUGUUACUACAGAAGACUUCUUCUAAGCCUUAGCUAGAAUCAGACCUAGUGUGUCUCAAGGUGAUCUUGAGAGGCAAGUAGAAUUUACAAACAAUUUUGGUCAAGAUGGAUGA